AGAGAUAGAGAUAGAGAUAGAAGGAGAGAGAGAGAGAGAUAUAUAUGAGAAGCUUGAAAGGAGAAGUGGUGCUUAAUUUGCCAGCAGAGAAAGCAUGGGAAAUGUACAGAAACGAUCAAAUCAUGAGCAAAAUCAAACCUGAGAUGCUUGCCCAUGCCGAAUAUAUCCAAGGAGAUGGCAGCCCUGGAAGUCUCAGGCUCUUAAAGCUUGGUCCCGAGGUAAACAACUACAUGAAAGAGUCAACAGAGAAAAUAGAGAGGGUGGAGAGUGGAAGGUCAGUGACUUAUCGCGUGGUUGGAGGUGACCUACGCCGUAUGUACGAUCCGUACAGGGUCACCUUCACAUUCACUCCUCUCCAAGGAAAAGAAAACAGCACGUGUAUCGCAGAGUGGAAGGCGGAGUACGAGGUGCUGAACCCGGCCACGCCCCCGCCGGAGAAGGCGAGGGACGCCGCCCUUGGAUUCCUAAAGUGGUUUGACAAGUUUGAGCCAAUUAGCUACUAGAUUGUGGCGACGUUAUCCGCUAACGGUAAACUAUGUAUCAAGUAUUAAUUAGUGCAUGUAUUAUUGUGUGCGAGUUGUACCAUAAUUAUUUGCUGUUUCUUUUGGUCCUUUCGUUUUCAUCUAUAUGCCCAUAAAUGUACUUCAACGGUAAUAGUUAUGCAUAUGUGUUGACGGUCAAAUUUCGUCAAUAAAGCCGUAUUAGGUUAUCCCGCGGUAUCCUGUUUGGUUACCGGUUCGGAAUUAGUAUUUUUACUGAAUAUGGAAGUGUGGUUGUAUUUUUAGGUAGGUUACUGAAUAAGAAUACUAUAUCUCAUGCACAAAAUAAAAUACA